AUGUCAAGAAGAGGCUUACGAGAUGAAGAAAUCGAACGAUUAUUGUGUGAAAUUCCAUCAGACGAGGAUUCCACUGUUGACACCACAGAUGACGAAUCUGAUUAUGAAGCAAGCAUUGUUGCGGAGGCUAUUGUGUCGUCUGAAGGCGAAGUUUCAGAGAGCGAGGAAGAAAGUGAGUCCACUCCGCCAAAACGCGCUGCUGACACAGCGCCAACUUGGGGACAACAAUUCAAUGCUACCUCAGGAAUGCAGUUCGACAGUGAAUCAGGACCAAGUGCUUUUAUUAGGGACAUUGAUGAUCCAGAACCUAUCGAUAUAUUCGAAAAAAUAUUUCCAAAAGAGCUAGUUGAGCUAAUCGUUUUCCAAACAAAUUUAUAUGCGACGCAAUCUGGCAAGUCUUUCACUCCAACAACUGACAAUGAAAUACGAACUUUCCUGGGAAUCAACAUUUUGAUGGGUAUAAAGCGUAUGCCAGCAUACAGAGACUACUGGUCUAGUGCCCCAGAACUUCAUGAUCGUUAUAUUGCAUCUCUGAUGGCAGUAAAUCGGUUUGGAUGGUUACUGAGGAACAUUCAUCUGAAUGAUAACACAUUGCAUCCAGAAAAAGGACACCCAGGUUAUGACAAACUGUACAAGCUGCGACCAGUGAUCAAGAUACUAUCUGAAUCUUUUUCCAAGUGUUACCAACCCAGCAAACACCUAGCAAUUGAUGAGUCAAUGAUCAAAUUCAAAGGCCGCAACAGUAUGAAACAAUACAUGAGAGAUAAACCCAUAAAGCGUGGUUACAAAGUGUGGAUGCUGUGUGACAAGACCUCUUACAACUUGAAAUUUGAUAUUUACACCGGAAAAAGGGACAGAGCGCCUCGCGCCUCCCCGGGCCACCCACCUGUGAUGGGUCGCUGCCGCCGGCGCCCUAAUGGCCUCGUUACGUGGCACAAAGGCGCCGCCGGCUCAUUACCACGGCAGGAGGUGGGCUGCACGUGGCAGGCCGGUUCCCCGGGCUUCAGCCGGUGGCUGGGGACUGGGCACGCUGCUCUUUACCUUCGCUGUUCUGCGUUACCUGCAACGGCGCGGCGCCACAUUUGA